AUGACGACGAGAAAUGUGUCCACGUCAAGCUCAUUCAGUCUAAAGAGUAAUGGUUCGAAAAUUCAGUGUCAGAAGUUUAUCAACAACCUUCCUUCUGUCAAUACCGAUGAGGUUCUCAGAUACACGACUAUAGUGGUAUUACUAGAAUAUAUCAAUGAGCCCAGGUUCCGUAAAAGAGAAGUGACUAAUGCUAUUCCACUAUCAAGAGAGCUACCGCCAAAGACGUCCCGAACUAAGGAAGCCUCGCGAGCGAAGCGGAGGUCUUGGCUGUUUUCAGAUGACAUCGGUAAGAAGGACGACAUAAGCGAGGCAAAACAACUGCAGAGAUUUAUACCGGCUUUAGAGAACUAUCUGAAGAUGGUCACAAUAAACAAGAUUGAAUUGAGGAAAGGAUCGCUGCGUCGUAGUUUACUCAAGUUUUACAAUGACAGAUUUCUUGAUCCAAAAGCUUCGAAUCAGCUUUCAACUCUCACAAGGCUUGAUGAGCUCAUAAUACUAUUUACCAAAGCUGCUCAAACUGAGAUUGCAAAAGUUCCAUCCAGGAGGGACGACAAACAUGAGCUUUACAGCCAGAUCUGUGACUUCACUGACGUAAUAAGUUCGAUAGUUUUAGGAAAUGAAUCGUCCAAUUCGCAACUGAAACUGCGAUUGAAAGAGUACAAAGAGUCCUUCGGGAAUUCGAAGGGUGCCGUUUCUAGCCUCUCACCCAUCUCUCCCAAUAGUGAACCUAGGACUAAUUUAAUAGAGAGCUCCAUCAAGCCCUCAUUCAAAAUCUCCGAUGUCAAGAUUUCAGCCUAUUUAAUGGAGCUCUUUGACAUCUCCGAAGUUGAAUUUCAGCAAGAGCUCAUAAAAUGUGUCAACGUAAUUGAUAUUGACGCAGUCGGACAGUCCAUCAGAACGUUGAAAGAAAAAACAAUGCAGCAAGGCAACUUGGGGCCAGAGCCUCUAUUUUCCGAUCUUGAUGUGUUUAGAAUUUAUCAAGAGAAAGAGUUGCAGGAACUCGGGGCCAUGACAGCAAGAUUGGCCUCGGCGUACCAGCUGCACACAGAGGCAGGUGGCAAAGGAUUUGGCGCCGAGAGCAACUAUUUCCCCAAAAGUUCUGCUAACAUAUACGUUCAAUUGCUGCGCAUGAUCUUGGACAAAGAAGCUGAUAUGCAUACAAUCUCGUUAAACCUUAGCAAGGAAGCUCUUUUUCUCAUCAAUAAAUGCGCCUCCUACUGGCGGCUAACGUGGCCUUCGACGAAAGCCAGCCUGAUACUUACAGCGGCCAAUGCAGGACCUUUGGCAGGUAAGUGUCUGAAUCCUGUUAUGUUUGAGAAAAUCACCGGAUUGAUAUCGACAAGAGUUUUCGGCGGCGCUGAUAUUAUUGAAGAUCAUCAGCUAUGGAAGUCUAUCGAUCAAAAUAUUUGGUUAGACAACAUGAUUUGCAACCUCGAGCAAACUUUCAAUAUAUUGUGUCUUUUGGUCUCCGAAAUCCAUCAAAAACCCAGGCCAAAAUUUUCACAGACUUUGAAGGUCUACUACGAGAUAAUAUCUUCCUGUGAGCUUUUGGGAUAUGAUGUGACCAACUCCGAGCUUUAUCGAAAGUAUAUGAGGCGCCUUCGCCGCUCUUUCUUUAAAGCAACCGAACACUUUUAUGUCAGUUUAGUCAGAGGUUUACCAAGAGAUAGACUGCUCGAGUUCUUUGACGUCAAAAACAUCGCAGACAGCAUUGUGUCAGAGAUUCAGAUGGUGCAAAAAAUGUAUCCAAAAGCUUUACUAGACGAGGUUAGUCUGCCAGUUGAAAGUGGAAGAACACUAACCGAGGCCUUUGGAUUAGAUUGCGCGCCUAUACUAUCUCAAAUUGAGGUCUCGAAUAACCAAAAUGAUUCUAAGCUUCCACUUCAAGAUGCAGUGGAAACAUACAAAUCCUUGCGAGAAUUGCAAGAUGUUUAUAAUCAAGUUCAAGGCUCGAAGAGAUUCCCUUGCAAACUGGAAAAGUACUUUCUCAAGUACGUGUCAAAGCUAUGUGACGAAGCUUGUGAGAGUACAGUUGAUGUUGUGCAGACGGCGAUUGCCAAAGAAACUUGGGAGCCUAUCAGCACUUCUCUGGGGUACAGCACAUCUGUCAUAGAUGUUUUUAAAAUGAUUAAUGAAUCAAUUGACCUGUUUGUGAAACUAGACUGGCAAAGUAGAUACCAGAUUUCCAAAAUCUAUACUUACCUGCUGAAAGCGGUAGCUGACGGCUUGAGCCUGUAUUCCAGCGCCGUCACAGACAUAAUCGAGAGCGAUAUCAAGACGAUUCAGGAAGAAACUCAGGUAAAAGAGAAAGAUGAAGAUCAUCUAACGAAUCUCAAUCCCUUUGCUCACUCGACUAAAACUAAGAUGAAAAAUUCAUGGGUCUACACGGAGAUGAAGAAUGCGCUCAAGUCCGCGGAUGUAGUGGCUCCACAGCCCUUCGAGUUCAAACUACGAACGUGUACCUGUUUGAGCAAUUUGAAUCAAAUGUUGCUGCUUAUCAAUGGUCUAGAGGAUCGCAUCGAUCCAGAAGGAAUUUCAAAAGUGAUUCGCAAUCAUGAGCAGGUUGAUGCAAAGUCGAAGAUGAUGACCGAGAAGCAGAAUAGAAGCCUUAGACGUCUGUACACUAUCAAAGUAAUACGCGCAGAAAACCUGAGUAGCUCAGCCCAGGAAUCCAACGUUUUGGCAGCCGUGAGUAUUGUGGAUACAAAAUUGAGACGCGAAGUCGCCAGAACCCGAGAAGUUUUGAAGUCUGGACGCCCAGUGUGGAAUGAAGAAUUUGAACUUGAUGCUGCUAUGAAUGAGACGCGUUUCUUGAACAUUAUUCUGUGGUAUCACAAAACAAAGUUCGGUUCCCUUACUCCUAGUGUCCAUGGCAGAGCUUCCCUAGGCUUAGAACCGAACAAAUUCAGUGAAGAUGGUCUUCCUCAACAGGUUUGUUUGAAUCUUGAUACUCGUGGGAGGAUUCUAGUCGAAAUAGCCGUGGAAACCGAAAAACUGGAUGCACUAUUUUCGAUGGGCAAGGCCUUUAGAUCAGUGACUCGGGCCCGCGACCGAUCCAUCGAGCUCGUGGUAAACAAAUUCCAGGUAUUUGUAUAUUUCGCAUUCUCGAUUUCGACACUGAAAACCGUUUGUGGACCUAAUGGGAUCAGUCAGGCAAGUGAGUCGGUCAUUUAUGACUCAAUAGUGCCGCUUUUUGAUUAUCUCAAUUCGAAUCUCAAUAUCUUGGCCUCUCAUCUACCGCGUGAACUUCUUCUCAAAAUAAUGCUAGAGGUAUGGGAGGUUGUGUUGAUCAGAGCCGAUGAGCUUCUACUUCCUUUCUUAUACGAUGUACACGGACAACGGAACUCAGAUUCCAAAACGAAGGUGAAGUCAAUAUGGGAGAAUGCCGUGGAUGCUGCCAAACAUGGAAUCAAUUCUUCCAUAAACUCGGAAAGGCCCCUCACUCAAAUUGAAGUUCACACCGUUUUCGAAUGGCUACGAGCUCUUUGCGUCGACUUUUUCCACAACAAUGGAGAAGGUCCAGCCCUAAAGGAUCUCAAGAACAAACACUACCAAGCCUUACUAUUCAUUCCGGUGUAUUACGAUAAAUCCGUGGUUCAGCUUAAAGCAGAGGCGGAAACCCUUCAUCAGGAGUAUCGCAACUUACUAUUCAGUACCAACGACAACAAAGACGCUCAAAAUGACACUGCCCCAAAAUUGUUGGGCAAGCGAACAAAAAGCAUUGCGCGAAGAAAAACCGUUCUCGCCAACGCGUCACGCAAACGAAGAGUUCAGCUCGAUAAAGAGAUUGAAGCUGCUGAAAACAAUCCUUUGGACAGUGUGACAGCAACUCAGGAUAUUCUAUUGCGAAUACUUAUUGCAAAGGGAGAAACAGAUUAUGUUGCAAGAAGCCUCGAACUUCGCGAGAGUUUGAACAAGGCUCUUUUCACCGAGAAUAUAGUUAAAGCUGCUCGUUCUAGUCACCAUUAG